UCGCUGCUACAGAAAUAAACCUCCUUGAUUCAGACAGAGGGAGAGGGUAUCCGCACUGACUGUAAACGCCACAGCAGUUCAGCGGUUCAUGGAAGACGUGUAGGUGAACAGGAGAGUUUUAUUCGAAUAAACAAAGAGCAAGCUAAAUAACUGCUCAGAGAAAACAAAAUCGUCAGCAUUUGCAGAUUGUCAGGUCUAAACUAGCUAGCCAGUGCUAGCUAACAUAGAGGGUAGCUGAAAGUGUCAGUCCAGUAGCUAGAUUAAACAGCUAAGGACAGUUACUGUCAGGUGUACAACAAAAUCAACAGUUUUUGGAAAAACAAACAAACCGACAGAGUUUGAAAGAGUCGUUGAGAUCCUCUUCAUUUACUGUUAGAUAAUAUUUAGUCAUUCCUCGGCUAGGUGACGUUGAAGAGCGGUGAUGGACUUCGUUGCUGGAUGCAUCGGAGGUGCUGCUGGAGUCUUGGUUGGACACCCAUUUGACACAGUUAAGGUGAGACUACAGGUCCAGAGCAUUGAUAAGCCACUGUACCGCGGGACCUUCCACUGUUUCCAGUCUAUAAUACGGCAGGAAUCGGUAUUUGGUUUGUAUAAAGGCAUUGGAUCCCCCAUGAUGGGCCUUACAUUCAUCAAUGCUAUAGUGUUUGGUGUUCAAGGAAACACCAUGCGUCUCCUGGCACAUGACACCCCCAUGAACCAGUUCCUUGCUGGUGCAGCAGCAGGUGCCAUCCAGUGUGUCAUCUGCUGCCCCAUGGAGUUGGCUAAGACUCGCAUGCAAAUGCAAGGUACUGGAGAGAAGAAAUCCUCUAGGAAGUUGUACAAGAACUCCCUGGACUGCUUGGCACGGAUCUACAACCGGGAGGGUGUGUGGGGAGUAAACAGAGGCAUGGUAACCACGCUUAUCCGCGAGACACCUGGCUUCGGAGUCUAUUUCCUAGCCUACGAUGUGCUGACACGCAGCUUAGGCUGUGAGCCUGAUGAUCGUUACAUGAUUCCCAAACUGCUGUUUGCUGGCGGCAUGGCUGGCAUCGCCUCCUGGCUCUCCACCUAUCCUGUAGAUGUGAUCAAAUCACGGCUCCAGGCUGAUGGGGUGGGUGGAGUCAACCAGUACAGCAGCAUCGCUGACUGUGUGAGACAGAGUGUACACAGAGAGGGCUAUAUGGUGUUCACACGAGGUCUCACCUCCACGCUGCUACGAGCCUUCCCAGUGAAUGCAGCUACCUUUGCUACUGUCACCCUUGUCCUCAUGUACGCACGGGGGACGGAAGUAGGACCACAAGACUGUGAGCCGGCGCAGCCCAGUCACCACGCACAGAUACAGCAGCAGGCCCAACCCUCCAGCCUGUGAUGGCACAUAGGUCACACCCUCAAACCUGGGCACUUUACAAGAGCAUGGAAAGACAAAAUAUACAUACAAACUGUUUAGACUCAUUUUACAUCAGACCAGUCAUUCCCAGUUUUGAGUCAGAAAAUACCUGGUUUAUACAAACGCUUGUUUUUACUUUCAUGUCAAAAAGUUAACAAAGGAAAAACAUUUAUUUAUUUUUUAGCAAUAAUUUAAGUUGAGGUUUGCCUCUGAGGAUGCAAACUUGUUAAGGGGAUGGUAUUACCUCUAAUAAGAUGAAGAAAACUGAGAUACGAAAUCUGAGAUUAGUGAAAACUUUGAACAGCAGCUUUUAUGAAUAUUCUUUCCACUGGUUUUAGACUUGUUACUGAGCCAGAAAACUGACUGAGUGGCUGGGUUGUGUGUAUAGCGUAGCCACUGAAAGUUGAUAUCUCCAUUAAAUAUAUUUUGAAAUGUGCAGUGUUUCACUGCCCCUGUAUAUAAUACUGAUUUUAAGUCAUGUCUUUUUUUUUAUGUAUGUUGGAAACAAGUUUCCUGCCUUAUAUUAUGUAAACUUCAUUUUGCAAAAGGAAGCUGAAGCACUUGUUUGUAUCUGAACUGAAUCCUCUGAAGAGCCAAGUAAGCGAGAGAGAAGGAAUGAAGCAUGUGUUAAGAUGCAGACCUUACCACUGAUGUCUGCUUUUAAACCAAAAAACAUAUUGCAGCUGUAAUCCAAUCAUCUGUAACGUACUAUUAGUCCAUACAGCACAUGUUAAUACCCAUUAUGGACUAAAUUCAUUUGGUGUGAAGGGCUCUUCAGGGACUGUGCAAAGUGUCUGUGUGUCAAUCAGGAUGUUGGUAGCAUUAUGUUUGUCUUGUUUGGUUGUCUCGUUUCUUGCAUGUUGUGUUUUACCAAGUAAUGUGAAGUUUUAUCAUUGUAACUUCACUGCUGUAUUAAAGACCUAAUCCAGAGGUAGACACUAACUAUGAGCAUUGAAUAUAUUUUAAAGCAGUCCAUGAUACGGUUAUUGUGGGGUCAGAUCUUCAUGCUAAGAGUUCCCUUAAAAGUUCUGUAAAGUUUUUAUUUUCUUAUUUGGAGAGACCCUGUAUGUCCCAGUAUUUCUAAUGACCCCCCAUUCAUUUCACUCAUCAAAUACUAGUGUCCACCAGGGGUCAUCGUAGGUGAUUUCUGAGUAUUAGAACUUUUUGUUAUUAUACAACCUGCAGUAUGAGGAAAAACAACACCAAAAAACAAAAACACAUUAUAUUUAAAAAGAAACUCAGCACUUGAGGGGUGAAUGUUUGAGUUGUUAAACACAGAUGAUUCUUUGACAAAUCCUCCAAAAUUGAAGCAGAAAAUGCUUCAUGAAUAAAGUUAAAUCUUACCUUGAGUUACCGUUCAUUGAGACAAAAUGUCUAAACUAAAUUAUGUGUCUCCCUAAACUUGAGAUGUUUAUUUUGUGUAGCAAUAGUUGAUAUACUGUAUUUAACCAUCUGGAUUGGGGCUUUGAUGAGAUGUAUUUAUUUGUUUAUGUUACUAUAUUAGCUAAAUAUUGUGCAAGUUAUUAUUAAUGAGUGGGAAUUGUCUGCUUUCUGCAUGUGUUUGUGGUCAGUACCUGAUUUUCUCUGUAUUUUCUGCCUGAAUGUUGAAUUUCUCGCUGUGAAGCAAUCAAAAGUUUUUACCCCAGCAAACACAUUAACGUCAGUUCCCAUCAAGGCAGUAACUCAUCAGUCCAGCUGAUAAUUUGCUCCGUCUAAACUUGUAAAACUAGCAAUGAGUCUAUGAAUGCUGCAUUUGUGUAUGAAGACUUACUUGUGAAAGGUUGUUGGAGAGCAGGAGGUGACAGAUGCACUAAAACCUUCAGUAUGUUGAAUGUAACACACCUGUAUUCACUCUCAGGUGUUCUGAAACUCAGAGUUGGAGGGCAAAAUGUUUUCUGGGAAGCAUAUUGUUUAAAAUCUAAUUGUUACUAGUUUGAAUUGUUCAGUGCUGCUGAGACUUGAAAAUCUCCAAGACUGUAUUGUGGUAUGAUGGUGAGUGAUGAUGAGAAAAAAUGAGAGUGGAGAGGAAUGCAAAGGGACGGUUAUGUAUGUAAAAGUUUCUUGUGUUUAAUCUUUAACGCCAGCUCCUAAACGGUGACACUCUCUGGCUCAAAGGUAUGCUACAUCUAAGUCUCUGUCAUUGCUAUUUAACAGUAAAUAUUAAACCCAGCUGAUGUGAUAGGUGCAAUAUGUACAGGAUGUAACUGUAUUAAUGUGAGGUUGUUUUGAAGUGACUGGUGAUAUAAAUAUAUGUAUAUAUAUAUAUAUAUAUAUAUAUACAUAUUCAUAUAUAACAUAUUUUUCAGUCUAAAGUAUAGUUGUGUGGUUCCCUGAAUGUCUGAGUUUAAGCAGUUUUUGAAUUCUCUAUUUGAUCAGUUAGAGUUAGCUGCUACACUGAAGAGAUUUUAACUGAAAAACUGAGACAUGAUAUUUUUGUAACAUAGGCAUACAUAACCUAUUUGUGUAGAUUUGUCACUGAAGAUCUGUACAAAUAGGUAAAUAAAGACAAUUCAGCAGC